AUGUGGAGAAAACUUUUUCUCGCGGCUUGCGUUUUGCUAGCCUUGUGCCAUUUUUCAGAGGCAAGAAGAAAAACACGAGUUGAUAAUUGUAUUGGACGAUGCAAUAAUGUAGUAAAUCCUAGUGCCCUUUGCCAGUGUAAUCCAAGAUGUCAUGAAUUCUCCAACUGUUGUAGAGAUAAAGUAAGCCGAUGUGGACCAGCGCCAACGCAGUCACCAUCACCAGGUUCAAAUGCAACUUUCGCAGAAUUGUCACAAUUUUUCACCACUCUUUGGGGUAGUGACACUAAUAGUGUGAAUAUCACUGUGAAUUAUCAAGGAAAAACUAACAGCUCAAACAAAGCUGACAUGGCACCACAGCCGCUAUUCAGAGAACUCCCCAAGAAAAUUUGUGAUAAAACAACUUACAAGACAUUUUUUGUCUUGUUAGACAACUACAAUCACAGGGUUGGACAAUCCGAGGAUAGACUUCAGGUAGAGAAGAAUGAAGAAAAUGAAUUUUUGAAUGCCAUUCUUUCAACAACAGUGAUGGCGAAGACCCAUGAAUUCUUGAAGCGUAAAGGAUUGGUUCCAUUUUCAAAGAAUGGUUUCAAAAAUAAGCUUCGUGAAAUGUGGUUCAACACUUAUUCACGGUCAGGAGGUACCCAGGACACGAGUGGUUUUGAACAUGUUUUUGUUGGAGAACUCAAACACGGUUCCGUUUCUGGGCUUCAUAGUUGGCUACAGUUUUACAAUGAAGAGAGAUAUAAUCGUCUGAAUUAUAUGGGAUGGAUCUAUAAGAAAAAGCAUGGAAUUCUUGGUCUGAAAUUUAAAUGGUUAAACAAAAUAAAACCAAUCAGUACUAUCCAGGUGGGUCCGAGCCCAGAGUUCGACAUUGCUGUUCUCAGUACCUGUUUCCUUGUUAAUCCACCAAGAGGCAAUUGCCAGUUCAAAAUUGGCAAAGACAAAUUAACCAUCAAAGUUUACAAGGUAAAUGGUUCACCAACUAAAAUUGGAAGUGCUUUCCUUCAGUAA